UCAGAGGAGAGAGCUGCACGUUUCUCUGCGAGUCUCGGGUCCAUGUUGGAGUUGCUCUGCUCUGCUGGGUCAUUUCAGGCCACGUCUGUCCGAGCACAGGAGCAAACGCUGGUAUUACAGGGAUAUCUAAUAAAGGACAUACACAUAUACUGUGCUGCAGCUUCGAGGUUUUCAUGUUGGGAGGGAUUCAUCCACCUCGGCCCUGGCAGGACUAAACCUUCCAACGUCUUUCUGCUGACUAAAGAACUAUGGAUAUUGAAUGACUUUCCUGAGCCUCUGCUGCUCCAAACCACUCUGGAACGACUCCGAUAUCACAAAGAACAAGAUAUCAGCGAGUCCGUGGAUGACAACAGCAUGAUGUUGGAGGCCUAAUAUACAGCAGUAUGUCAGAGCAAGCAGACAAAUGCACCUCCCGCUGGAAAGAUGAGCCCAUGCAGAAUGGGUACAUACCAAGUUAUCUGGACAAGGAUGAGCUGUGUGUUGUGUGUGGGGACAAAGCGACUGGAUAUCAUUACCGCUGCAUUACCUGUGAGGGCUGCAAAGGUUUUUUUCGACGCACAAUUCAGAAGAACUUGAACCCAACAUAUGCGUGCAAGUACGAGGGCAAGUGCGUCAUAGACAAAGUCACCCGCAACCAGUGCCAAGAAUGUCGCUUCAAGAAAUGCAUCGCUGUUGGCAUGGCAACAGACUUGGUGUUGGAUGACAGUAAGCGUCUUGCCAAGCGGAAGCUUAUCGAGGAGAACCGCCAGCGGCGGCGGCGCGAGGAGCGGCAGAAGACGGUGUGGGAGCGACCCGAACCCACGCAGGAGGAGUGGGAGCUCAUCCGGGUCGUCACUGAGGCCCAUAUGGCCACAAACGCCCAAGGCAACCAUUGGAAACAGAAGCGCAAAUUCCUGGUCAAGGAAGCAAUGCUACUUAAUGAAAUAACAUGUAAUUUAUUCUGUACUUCUGACCAGAGUGCAGUGGGGGUGAAGGAAGCCAAGCCCGAGGACAUCGGUUCUGCGCCCAUCGUCAACGCACCAGAGGGGAGCAAAGUGGACAUCGAAGCCUUCAGUCAGUUUACAAAAAUUAUCACCCCCGCCAUCACUCGUGUUGUGGAUUUUGCCAAAAAGCUGCCCAUGUUCUGUGAGCUGCCUUGUGAGGACCAGAUCAUUUUGCUGAAGGGCUGCUGUAUGGAGAUCAUGUCCCUGCGAGCGGCGGUGCGAUACGACCCCGAUAGCGAGACUCUGACGCUGAACGGGGAGAUGGCCGUCACACGGGGCCAGCUCAAGAACGGGGGUCUGGGCGUGGUCUCAGAUGCCAUCUUUGAUCUGGGCGUCUCGCUGUCCUCCUUCAACCUAGAUGAUUCGGAGGUGGCGCUGCUGCAAGCCGUGAUCCUGCUUUCCUCCGAUCGUCCAGGUUUGACGAGCGUAGAGCGGAUAGAGCGCUGUCAGGAGGAGUUCCUCUUGGCCUUCGAACAUUACAUCAACUACCGCAAGCACAAGGUGGCUCACUUCUGGCCCAAGCUGCUGAUGAAGGUGACAGACCUGCGCAUGAUCGGUGCCUGCCAUGCCAGCCGCUUCCUGCACAUGAAGGUGGAGUGUCCCACGGAGCUCUUUCCGCCCCUCUUCCUGGAAGUGUUCGAAGACUGACAGCCAACCGAUCAGGCCAAGCUGCUCCCACCAACACAACCUCCACAGAUCCGACCUCCCUUCAGACUCUGUUCCCGGUCACAUGACUCUAUUCCCGGUCACAUGACUCUGUUCCCGGUCACAUGACUCUGUUCCUGGUCACAUGACUCUGUUCUAGCACUACUGAGUGUCAGUUCAUUCCAUAGUUUUAGGAGUAGCUCUCUGGCCUAUUUUGAAUGGAACCAUUCCUUUUACAAAGCGGGUACAUGUGAAUAGCGUUACAAUUGUUUUUUCACUCUUUGUAAAAAGAAAAAUCACCUUUCUGUUACUAGUUUUUUUUUUUUUUCCUCCAAUGUUAAAUAGUUUUAUUUCUGAUCAUAGUCUUUGAAGCCGCUUAAUGGAGAUGUUUGAACUAUGCAUUCGGGUUUCAUGUCACACGUCAGGCCUCAGAAAAGAGACCGCACUGCAAAGAAGGUUAUUUGGUUUGCUUUCACGUCCCUUAUCUGUUGGUCUAAUGUUAUUUCAUGCUCACAUUAAGCCAUAGAUUGUUUAUAGUUCUGCUCCAAACCCCAAUGAGCUGACUACCUAGACAACAUUUCAAGACAUCAUAGGUGCAUCCUUAUAUUGAGACUGUAAAAAAGCAAAAUCACGGAUGAGGGCUCUUUCAUAGCUCAAUUGUUCACUUAAUGGAAAGCCAAUACUGACAUUUGGUGACCUUAAAUUUUCCUGCUGCUCUUGAGAGCGAGAUUACAGUAAUAUUACAUUUCAUCUGCCUCACGGUCUGCUGAAAGUGGUGAAAAAUACAAAAUUCUUUCAACUUCAAUAUGAACUCAUCAAAUCCUACCAGUACCAAAUGAUCUGAGCUGCUAUCCACGUUCAUUUUAUCUUGUGCAUCUCAUGUUUUCUCUGACAUUUUAGGAGAAAAAAAAAAUGUAGAAACCACUGAAAAUUCCAAAAAGCAACUUUAGAGCAAAAAAACCGGUCAUGUGGAAAGUACAGUAGGCAUAAAAUAACACUGCCUUCUAAUGUCAGGUAUACACUAUAUGAUUUUCAAAGGUGUCGGAUCCUUGUUCCUUUCACACUACAUGGCUUUUUUUGAAAUUUCUACAUAAUAUUUCAAAAAUCGCGAGAAGUGACAAGGGAAUGACGCAAGACUACAAUUCCUCCCCUUGAAAUUUCCCAUGCCCUGAAUCGUGCUCUCUCAUUGACUGUAGGUCGUCGUGAUGUCAUUUCCAGUCAAAACACAUUUUCACCCUGCAAGACUCUGAGGCACAGACAGCUCCAGAAGUUUGGACAAUCCCAAAUGUUUGCUAAAUCGGCGCUUCUCUCAGAUCGUGUCUUUGAUAAUGUGCCUCACAUUUCAGGCUUUUGUCGGCGAGUGAAAAUCAGGCGUAAAAUCGUGUCGCGUAUACCUGGCAUAAGAUACCAUUUUUGGCCAUUCUAAGGCAGCAUUGCAUGUGUGACACAUGCUUUAUUGUCUAUUGACAUUUUCAAAGCAGCUCAGGGUUUUGAA